UUCCCGACAUGCCUCGCGGCAACCUCCCGUGCUGCGUAAAGCAUGGCAGCACUCUUCGAAGGUUUAACAGUGUGCACCCUGAGUGGUGGAAAAAGUCGCGGCCAGCUCGGUGUGCUCGGAGUGGAAGCUGGUAGCGAGGCUGACCGCAUCGUGGUAACAGAUCUCGGGAGGUCGGUAACCGUGUAUCAGGUUUCCGACCAAAAGCCAUUGGGGUCAUGGACUGUGAAGCAAGGACAAAAACUGACCUCCCCUGCUGUGUUCAAUAGUCAGACUGGUGAAUUUGCUGUAGUUCAAGACAACAAAGUACUUCGUGUGUGGAGAGAUGAAGAUGUAAAUUUUGAUAAAGUUUUUAAAGCGACGCUGUCUGCAGAUGUUCAUCGGUUACAUGCUGUUCCAUCUGGUGAGCCACUUGCUCUGUUUGAGAGGGGUGCCGUCCGACAGCUUGAUACGCUCUUAGCUGUUCCUCAACAAGAAGUAGAAUCCAUUCUCUCAGAAAACGAGGUCAUCAGGUGGAGUGUCUGCUUGUCAGAAGCUAAUCAUCAUGCUGUCCUGUUUGCCACUGAAAAGGAUGAUGAAUACUUCCUUUACCUCCAGAAGCUCAAUCCAGAUGUUUUACAAAAAUACAAGAUGGGGACAGUGGAUUCUAAUGCUACACCAAUAAGUUUCACUGCUACUUUGCAAAGCAAGACUGUCACAAUGAUGUGCUUGUACUCCAGCAACUGUGUGUAUGCUUUCACCUUGCCUUGGCAUUCUGCCAUGUCUGAAGAAAUGCGUACCUUGCCCGCGACCCUGAGCCUACAGCUGCCAGGUUUAGGAUGUGUUCUGACUGAAGGUGCCAUUGUUUCUUUGGAUGAUGCCCAUAUUGCAGUGCUUGGGGCUCCCUGCUCCACGGAACUUUCUGACAAGGAUUUACUCAGCAUCUGGAAUACCCAUUUUCAGACUUUGCAGGCCUCAAAAAAGUUGGCAGGCGGGAUAAAUGGACAGUUGUGGUGUUAUGAGGGAAAACUGUAUGUUCCCCAUGGGAAGGUGCUGACUGCUGUACCUUACCACUGUGAGAAGUCAUCGUUGGCAGCUGCUCUAGGAAGGCUGAAACAUACUACCUCCGAAGAGGGGAGACCUACAGCACUCGACUGGUAUUCAUUUCUUGAGGGAGAGGCCACUGUAAAAGUCAUACAAACCAGGAGGAGCAAGCUGACAAGAAAGAGUACAAGUCAGGGCACAGCUACCUCCAGCAUCAACUCUAUACUUGAAGAAGUCAAGAGCGCCUCCCAGGAGAAUUUGGUCAAAAUCCUAGAAAGUUACCUGUCAAACGUGCAAGAUCCAGAUUUGCAGGUUUCAGUCUGUCAGAUUGUUUCUGAGCUUGUGGUUCGGUGCCAGACAGACACCAAGUUUUUUCCUCGGAAUGCACUGCUGCAGCUGGUACGGACUGAGAGGUUGUCAUACAGUGCAAGUCCGGAUCUCCUAAUGCUGGCCUUGGAGAAGCAGGACUUCAUCUUACUCCAGAUGUGCUUGAGACUGUUUCCUGAUAUUCCUGAGGCUGCCACCUGUGCCUGUUUAAAAUCCUUUCUAAGUACUCCAGACACCACACUAGAUGAUGCAAGUGUGGAUCUUGAACGUAUCUCCUUCAUUGAAAGUUUGAGUACGUCAUCUGCCACAAAAGACAAGACACAAAAUGGCUUCAGCCCCAGUUUGCUGGAGGAGGACAGCUGUGACAUCCAGAUAACCACACCUAAGCAGGAUCAGACAAGUGACUGGAUGGAUAUAAACCUGCCGUGCCCUGUGAGCCUUAAGAAGGCUGCCUUGCUAAAUGAUGUUCUUCAGAUCACUUACACAGAGAACUUCCUUCUUCCACAUUUAAAGGACCUCUCUGUUCAGCAGGUGUUGGUUCUCCUCCAGUAUCUGUGGUUCCUAUACAUCAGAUGUGCGCAUGGAACAGGUAACCUGCCACCUAGUUUCAAGGGGCCCUCAUUAAAUCAGAUCCUGGAUUGGGUGUCAUUGCUGUUAGAUGCUAAUUUCGCCGUCCUUGUCCUCACACCACAGGCAAAGCACCUGCUUCUGCAGCUACACAAGUUUGUGAGAUGCCAGGUGAAAUUUUUUUCUGAACUCAGCAAAAUUGAAGGGAGCCUGCAGCAGUUGCAUCGAAUAAAGAAGAGCAACGAGAACAGCCUGUACUCAAUAGAAGUCCUCCAUCUCUUCUAGCUUCCUGUACCCUGCCAUUUUCCAAAUAAACCCCCUCUGUGCCUC